CGUCCUCUGGUUGUGGCCGCGACAACGUCAACGGGAACGGUAUCGGCGCGGAAUAAUCGGCAGUGGCAGUGGUCCUCGUAGCGGUAGCGGUGGAAUCGCUUUUCAUCGCCGACAUCGUUGCGAUACCUAUUAUCGCUACACAGUGAAAAUCGUGAUUUUAAAGAGUUUUCUGUUCGCGAACAUCGUUCGUUCCCGGUGUCUUCGUCCACGAAGCGUCGCGGCGUCGAACGGGCACGGAAGAAAGGAUCGUCGAGUGUUUUCGGGCAGUGCAGUUUUCUUCGAGAGUGAAGUUAACGAACGUUACGCGCGCACAGCGCGAUCGGAGAUAAAACGCGUUCCGUAAAUAACGACGCGUUCAUGAAUGGAAACUCGGUUGGCGAAAGACGCGAUCGAACGAUCGUCUGGCGGCGUCGAUCGUCCGAGCGACGGACGCUCGCUUUCGUCGUCAACAGUUCGUUCGUAAAUGAUCGAUAACGCGAGAUCGUUCGCGACCAAGCACCCGAACGAGCAGCUACGGGAAACGAAGCGACCGGAGGAAGACUCGUUCGCGAGGUCAACGUAGAUUCCGCGAAGAAAUGAUCGCCGGUUGAGCGAGAAGAGGAACGAGCAAGAAUGCCCGACAGUUCCGAUCAUUUGUCGUCGCCGAACAGCGACUGCAACAGCCAAAUCGGCGGUAUGCACCAAAACGCGACGUCGGGCCAGUACGACUCUUCGAUGCCCGGUCUGCCCCUGAGCCAUCAUUCUCAUUCGCAAAAUCUAACGCCCGCGUCGAACGAGAGUCCUCGGUACCCUCAAGAGUUGACCUGCGGUUCGACUAACUCGUCCACGAAUAUAGGAAAUAUCGCCGGACUUUCACUGGGAACAACGAGCAGUAAUUUUACGCCGGAACAGAUAUCUUGUAUGUGCGAGGCGUUAUCGCAGAGUCAGGAUAUCGAGAAGCUCACGAGGUUUCUAUGGUCCUUACCACCCGGCGAACUGCUUCGCGGCGGCGAAAGCGUUCUGAUGGCAAGAGCCACGGUGGCCUUUCAUCGGGGCGCUUAUCACGAGCUUUACUCGAUACUGGAGAGUCACCCGUUCUCGCCGCGCCGUCACCAGGAUCUUCAAGACAUGUGGUUCAAAUCGCACUAUCGCGAGGCGGAAAAGAUCCGCGGCCGUCCAUUGGGAGCCGUGGACAAGUACCGAUUGCGGAAAAAGUACCCUUUACCGAAGACGAUCUGGGACGGCGAGGAAGUAGUGUACUGCUUCAAGGAGCGAUCGAGGAACGCGUUGAAAGAGUGCUACAUGAGAAACAAGUACCCGGCUUCCGACGAGAAGAAGAACUUGGCGAAGAAGACCGGGCUGACUCUGACCCAGGUGUCGAAUUGGUUCAAAAAUCGACGGCAAAGGGAUCGAACACCGCAAACGAGGACGGACAUGAUGCCGUUGACUUGUCAAAACGGUAGCAACGUGAUCAGCGGGCCCGUGAGCAACGGAGGAAGCAUUCAAUCGUUGCAGAGCAUCGAUUCGGACAAUUCGAAUCUCGCCAUGUCGCCGCUGUCGACGAUGGGUAUGUCGCCGGUCGGCGUGAACCCCUGUAGCCCGAUGGGUAUGAGCCCCAUGGCCCCGCGGCAUCCAGGCUACGCGCCACCCGUUACUCCCUCGUCCGUGCACACCUCUCACCCCCACAACGGAGCUCUCAGCCCCAUGAACGACGUGAAAGCGCUCUGCUACGGCCGGGGAGUUUACGACACCGGUAAGGACGUGGACCAGAGCUCGGUGUACUACUCGAGCCACUCGGGUAUGCACCAUCAAUAUUACCAGCAGACGCAUCAUCAAAUGAUGUCAGGCGCGCAUCAUUACCAGCACCACCAGCAGGGCAUGCCGACAGGCUACGAAAUCGCGUUGCCGCCUCCUCAGCACUCGACGUGACCAACGGAAUACGAGGAGGCCGAUCGCCACGGCCAAACCGACGACGUUUUCGCGCGCGUACACGCGUUCGCUUGACUCGGUGCUCUUCUUCUCUCGACCGGUUUUACGACCGAAUAAUGAACGGUCGUACUUCUCGCGAGUUUACGCCGACAAACUGGAACGCUGGUGAUCGGGGGUGGAGAGAUCAUGGUGGUUGGAAGAACCAUCGACCGUGUAUCCGCUAGCCAAUAGAGACGUAACCUCGUCCGUAAAAAUUCUGGGAGGAGUUUCGAAGGAGAACUGGUUUCACGCAUGCACCCUGUUAGCGAUGCGCGUCGACUCGACACCGCGAUGGCGCCUACGAACGCUCUAUCCCUUUUACGCGGGACUAACGAUCGGUGCGAAACGAAUCGUUCGAACGAUCUACAUCGACCAAUUUCGUUCGUUCCGAUAGUUUGGCGAUUUUAAAAUUAUACCACGAGUUUGGGGUCAUCCCAGAUUUCGUUGUUUCGGACGUUUCAAUCUCCUGGUACGCCUCCCAACGCGAAACGAAGGAUCUCUCCUAGCCUAGUACUAUAUAAACGAACAAAAUUUAUUGUAAAAUUAUGUGAGGAGCGUUAAGUGUAUAGAAAUAAAAUAU